CGCAGGGGCAGAGAGCGCGCGCUUGCGGACGCGGCGGCAUUAAACGGUUGCAGACGCCGCGCACUCGUCGUCGUCUUCUCUAGUCUCAGUCGCCGCCGUGUUUGCCCGCUCUCUCUGGGCCUCGGGAAGCCUAAACUCCGACUAGACCUUACUGGUUUUCACCCAGUUGUAGCUGCGUCGUAGACUUCGUCACCAUGUUCGAGGCGCGUCUGGUCCAGGGGUCCAUCCUGAAGAAGGUGCUCGAAGCGCUCAAGGACCUCAUCAACGAGGCCUGCUGGGACAUCAGCUCUGGCGGUGUAAACCUUCAGAGUAUGGACUCGUCCCAUGUCUCCUUGGUGCAGCUCACCCUGCGCUCCGAGGGCUUCGACACCUACCGCUGUGACCGCAACCUGGCCAUGGGUGUGAACCUCACCAGCAUGUCCAAAAUACUAAAAUGUGCUGGCAAUGAAGACAUUAUUACAUUAAGGGCUGAAGAUAAUGCGGAUACAUUGGCGCUAGUAUUUGAAGCACCGAAUCAAGAGAAAGUUUCAGAUUAUGAAAUGAAGUUAAUGGACUUAGAUGUUGAACAACUUGGAAUUCCAGAACAAGAGUACAGUUGUGUAGUAAAGAUGCCUUCUGGUGAAUUUGCACGUAUAUGCCGAGACCUCAGUCAUAUUGGAGAUGCUGUUGUAAUAUCCUGUGCAAAAGAUGGAGUGAAAUUUUCUGCAAGUGGAGAACUUGGAAAUGGAAACAUUAAGUUGUCUCAAACAAGUAACGUUGAUAAAGAAGAGGAAGCUGUUACCAUAGAGAUGAAUGAGCCAGUUCAGCUAACUUUUGCACUGAGGUACCUGAACUUCUUUACGAAAGCCACUCCACUCUCUCCUACAGUAACACUCAGUAUGUCUGCAGAUGUACCCCUUGUUGUAGAGUAUAAAAUUGCUGACAUGGGACAUUUAAAGUAUUAUUUGGCUCCCAAGAUCGAGGAUGAAGAAGGAUCUUAGGCAUUCUUAAAAUCUGAGGAAAUAAAACUAAGCUCUUUGAGAACUGCUUCUAAAAUGCCAUCAUGUACUGAAAGUCUUUUCUGUCACCAAAUUUGUAACUGAGUACAUAUGUAGAUAAUGUUUUCUGUAAAUAACCUAUUUUUCCCCUUCCUUUACAGCUUAAGAAUAAAAUCCAAAGUCAAAUCUGGUUUUGUUAACCUAGAAAUACUUCUUUCUGCCUUACGUAGAAAUACUUCUGGUAAUUUUUAUAACAAAAAGGUCUUGUCUUUAAAUGCAGUUUUAAGAAUUGUUUUUUGAUUUAAAUAAAGUUAUCUGAAUUUCA